AUGUCCUCCAAGAUGCAACUCCAACACCGACACCUACCCAGAAGCGUCAUGUGGAUGAACACGCCCAUCGACAGAGUAGCCAUUCCUUGUAUGAAUGACGCUGAAGGCAUCGUCACUAUGCCGGUACCCGGUCGUCGCUGCCCUGCCUGUCUCGAGCGUGGAGACACGGUCUGGGUCAUCCCUGGAAAAUGCUGCAUUCAGUGCGGCACUCCCGUUAACUAA